UAGAGGUGUGAGGGGCCACCCCUUAAAUAGUCCCAUCUUAAGUCGCUUCCAAAAUCACCCAGGACACCACCAAACGCRGCACAUUGCUUCGCUCACUCAAUACCAAUAUUAUCGUGAAAAACAACCGGAAUUUCUUWAAAAAUGGAUAGCAACGUUCCAAGUAUCACUCCAUUUUACAAAUCGUCGCUUUUUUCCGUGGUUUCGCCAAGAGGACAAAGCAUUUCUCCCUCGGCAAGACUUGGUCCUUACGAAACUUGUUGCUUGCCGAAUUUCAUCCCUUUCCCUUCGUAUUCGAGGCGUUAUGAGAUUCCUCUAAUCUACCACCACACAGCUCAUCAUGGACCAUACCACGAGUCGGCAGUUCCGUCCUUCUCUGCUUUUCAAGGACAAAGGUUUUUUGAUCAUCUAAGACCAAGAAAACCCCGUCGAAUGAGAGUACGAACCAAUUUUAGCCCUUGGCAGCUUGAAGAAYUGGAAAGAGCCUUUGAAACAACGCACUACCCUGAUGUAUUUAUGAGGGAGGCACUGGCUUUGAGACUCGAUUUGACAGAGGCUCGUGUUCAGGUUUGGUUCCAAAACAGACGAGCAAAAUGGCGAAAGAAAGAGAAGUCAAGAGAUGAGUGCAAAAACACAGAACUCAAUACCGAAGACCUGGAACAGAACGAAACUUCAGAAAACACUGAAUUUGAUUGCUCUGCUGAAAGCGUUGACCUUGUCAGUCACUGCGAACCAAGCACAGGAGAAGUGAACGAGCCGAAAGAGUCGAGUAGUUCACCGAAARUCAAAGAAGAGCAGAGCGAAGAAGCAAAUUCGAUCAAUUUCACCAGUCGCUACGAAAAUGCUUUGAGCGAUUUUAACCAAUUUUUUGAUAACAGAAGGUCGUCUAGCAUCGCUGUGCUGAGACAAAAGGCUAAAGAGCACGAGGAAUGCCUUUUAAUAGCCAAAACUGUCUAAGAGAACGGCAAAAUAUGAUAAAAAACUCUGUAAAAUGGCUGAAAACGGCUACUUCUGUUCGAGAUUGAAAAUGUCACAAUUUACUUCAUGUUUUCAGCGCCGGUGCUUCUGCACUCAAAAAUGUCACUUGAUCUAACUGACAAUAAAAAUAAUUCAAGUGUGUGAUAAAACACUAGAUAUUAACUUCAAAUUUCAAACUCUAACUUGGUUUUCAAUAACAUUUUGAAGUUUGUGUCCAACUUUGUUAGCAGUCGCACGUCAAUUUAUUUGUAGCUGUAAAUAGAAACGAUAAAGUCAAUAAAAACUGAAUUCAAAAACUAAAAAUG